CUGAUAUCGCGUGUCACACUGCAUUUUCAUGAUAAUCGCUUAUCGGCCGCGCAAGCAGUAGUCGGCAGAUCACAUGUUCAUCACCCUAUAAAAAGGGCACGGCAUCAAUAAACGUCUGUUCCACCCUGGCGUCCGGCUGAUACGCUACAGUUGGCAACGAGGAAGCGGCGGCGAUGGCCGUCAGCAGGAUCGGUGAGUAUCGUCUAGGCACAAACGCGUCAUGGGACAAAUACGUCGAGAGGCUAGAAAUGUUCUGCGAAGCUAACAAGAUAACGAAAGAAGAACAGAAAAGAGCCGUCCUGCUGAGUUGUUGCGGCGAAGAAGCGUACGGGCUCAUCGUGACUCUGGUGAAGCCAGCAAGACCGACAACGGCAACCUACCAGGAAAUUCAGACGGCGGUUCGCAAGCACCUGCAUCCAAGGCCUUCAGAGCUAUACGCAAGGUUUUUGUUCUACAAGCGAAACCAGGCUGCCGAGGAAUCGGUUGCGCACUACGUCACGGCGCUUCGGAAGCUAGCCGAAUACUGCGGUUUUGGCGACGAUCAACUCCCGUUGGACAUCAUGAUGCGAGAUCGUUUCGUAUGCGGCCUCCAAAACGAAGCAGUUCAACGGCGACUUCUCGCAGAACACGACCUUACGUUCAACGUUGCGUACGACAUGGCCGCGACCGCAGAAGUGACAGCCAAGCAACAGCGAGACAUACGGAUGCAAGGCCGAGACGAGGCGAAGUACUGCCAGGGCAUGAUACAAGCAACCCAUACAAAGCAAGACGCCAUGGCAGAGGGAUCUAGUUGCUACCGUUGCAACGGUAAGCACGCUCCGCAUUUAUGCAGCUUUAGAAAUGCGGCAUGCUUCAAAUGGAAAAGGGUUGGACAUAUAGCGAGAGCUUGUCGUUCAAAAGAAGAAAGUAGAGUGGCCCGGAAGACGCCUGAGCAAAAGAGGAAAGUUGAAAAGAGCAAGGGCGUGUACGAAAUGAGUGCAUUGUUUUCACUUUGCGAAGUGAAUGAGCAAGAACAGAAGUUUAUGGUUAAAGUACAGAUACAAGGACAAGAAGUCCCGAUGGAGGUUGAUUCCGGAGCAUCGUGCUCAAAUGUGAGUGAAGAUACAUUUCGAGUAAUCGAGAGAAAUCGGGGUGAAAUACCACUCCAAGAGUCUGGAACAACUCUCGUAACCUGGUCAAAGGAGGCGUUACCGCUGCUGGGUCGAGCAACCGUCUUGGUAGAAUUCAAGGGCCGCAAGGCAAAGCUGCCAUUGUUGGUAGUAAAGAAUCGAGGCAACAGCCUGAUUGGGCGAAACUGGUUUAGACCGUUAGGCAUUUGCUUGCGGGGAAUCGAGCAAGUAAACGCGGAAGACGUGCCCUCACGAUUUUCCGAGGUGUUUCGCAGGGACCUUCUUGGCUUCAACGGACCACCAGUUCACAUCGAACUGAAAGACGACGCCCCACCAGUGUUUCUCAAAAGUCGACCAGUUCCACUGGCCCUCAAGGACGACGUGGGCAAGGAAGUGGAUCGCUUGGUGCAACAAGGGGUAUGGGAACCCGUCGCGUACUCCAACUGGGCCACACCACUGGUAGUGGUAAGAAAAAGACGCAACAUUACGCCUGUGCGGCGACAACCGUAGCACCGUAAACAAAGCUAUUAAAAGCAGCG